UUAUUAUUAUUAUUUUGCUUGGGAAUUUAAUCCAAGUAGUCGUUGUGGCGAAGAAACCGUUUGUUCGCUUUGUAUGUAAGAAGAGUGAAACCAAGAGUAAAGAGAGUCACAGGCAGAGAGAGAGAGAGAGAGAGAUUUGAACUUUGGAGCUUAGAGCUCUGGAUUUCAAUGGCGGUAAGGUUAUCGACGUGGUUCUUGAGGCAGGGAUUUGGAGGACUCAACUGCAAGCAUACAAGUGGGCUCUUACCUUUCCCUUCCUCUCAUCGCUUGCUUCCUGCUUCCUGCAAAAUGCGCCAACGUAAUCUGAGUUCCCAGCAUAAGAGAAAACAAUUGAAGAAAGCCUCUCAUGAACAGUCCUUAACAAAUGGUGAUUCCCAGCCUAAUAGCGAUGAAGACUCUGACUCUGAAAUUGCUUCAGUGGGUAAUGUCCCAAUUUUGAAUCAGGAAAGCAUAUCUAGUGAUGUUGUUCACACUGGCAUAGUUGUGGAGGAUAACAAUGCAAAAGACUUGAGUGGCCUAAUUGUGUCUGAUGAAACAAAAUCUUUGGCAAUUAACGUGGUUGAUACAGAGAAGCUUUCCGGUAUUCAACUUGAGGAUUUGAUAGGCAUGAUAAGAAAUGCUGAGAAAAAUAUCCUUCUUCUCAACCAAGCUCGUGUUCGUGCACUUGAAGAACUUGAAAAGAUUCUCACUGAGAAGGAGGCAUUGCAAGGAGAGAUUAACACUUUGGAGAUGAGAUUGGCAGAAACUGAUGCUCGAAUUAAAGUGGCCACCCAAGAGAAGAUACAUGUGGAACUCCUAGAAGACCAGUUAGAGAAGCUGCAGAACGAGCUGACUCAUAGGGGUGGUAGUCAAAGAAGUGAGGUUGACAUGUUUGAGGAUCAAAACGACCCAUUGAUCAAGGAACAUAAAAAUGGGUUAAGUUCUCUUUCUAUGGAACUUAAUUCAUUGAGGUCAGAAAAUUUGUCCUUGAAGAAUGAUAUACAAGCUCUAAAGGAAGAGCUUAUAAAUGUCAAGAGUACAGAUGAACGUGUUGUAACUCUGGAAAAAGAACGCUCAUCUUUGGAGUCUGCUAUGAAAGAUUUGGAGUCUAGAAUGUCAGUUUCUCAGGAAGGUGUUUCGAAACUUUCCACUCUAAAGGUUGAGUACAAGGAUUUAUGGGAGAAGGUGGAGACUUUGCAAGUACUGCUCGAUAAGGCAACCAAACAGGCAGAUCAAGCUAUUAUAGUAUUGCAGCAAAACCAGGAGCUCCGAAAGAAGGUUGAUAAAUUGGAAGAAUCCCUUGAAGAGGUCAAUGUAUACAAGCUGUCAUCAGAAAAGAUGCAGCAAUACAAUGAAUUAAUGCAACAAAAAAUAAGGCUACUGGAGGAUCGGCUUCAGCGUUCUGAUGAAGAGAUAAAUUCUUAUGUUCAAUUAUAUCAAGAGUCUGUAAAAGAAUUUCAAGAUGCACUUGAUAGUUUGAAAGAAGAUAGCAAGAGAAAGGCAAUAGAUGGAUCGGUUGAUGAUAUGCCUCAGGAGUUCUGGAGCCGAUUGUUGCUCAUAAUUGAUGGUUGGUUGCUUGAGAAGAAAAUAUCAAUUGAUGAUGCAAAGCUGUUGAGAGAUAUGGUGUGGAAGAGAGAUGGACGUAUCUGUGAAGCAUACAAAGUGAGCAAGGAAAAGACUGAGCGUGAGGCUGUGGCUGCAUUUCUUAGGCUAACAUCAUCAACAACAAGUCCAGGAUUGUAUGUCAUUCAUAUUGCAGCAGAGAUGGCACCUGUCGCUAAGGUUGGUGGUUUGGGAGAUGUUGUGACUGGUCUUGGAAAAGCACUGCAGAAGAGAGGACACCUUGUGGAGGUUGUUCUUCCGAAAUAUGACUGCAUGCAAUAUGACCAUGUUCAUGACUUAAGGGCCCUUGAUGUGGUGGUAGAGUCGCACUUUGAUGGCCAGCUGUUCAAAAAUAAAGUCUGGGUUGGCUCCGUUGAAGGGCUUCCUGUUUAUUUCAUUGAGCCUCUUCAUCCCGAUAAAUUCUUUUGGAGAGGACAAUUUUAUGGGGAGCACGACGAUUUCAGACGUUUUUCCUUUUUCAGUCGUGCAGCACUUGAGUUGCUUCUUCAAGCUGGAAAAAACCCAGACAUAAUUCAUUGCCAUGAUUGGCAGACAGCUUUUGUUGCUCCUCUCUAUUGGGAUUUAUAUGCCCCUAAGGGAUUGAAUUCAGCUCGAAUAUGUUUUACAUGCCAUAACUUUGAGUACCAAGGGACUGCACCUGCUUCAUAUUUGGAAUCUUGUGGUCUCGAUGCCCACCAUCUUAACAGACCAGAUAGAAUGCAGGAUAACUCAGCACAUGAUAGGAUCAAUCCUGUUAAGGGUGCUGUUGUAUUCUCUAAUAUUGUGACAACAGUAUCACCCACCUAUGCACAAGAGGUGCGGACUGCUGAGGGAGGCCGGGGUCUUCAUUCAACACUAAAUUCCCACUCCAGAAAGUUCAUUGGGGUUCUGAAUGGAAUUGAUACUGAUGCAUGGAAUCCUGCCACUGAUGCAUUUCUCAAAGUACAGUACAGUGCCAAUGAUAUUCAAGGAAAAGGAGAAAAUAAAGAAGCUAUUCGGAGGAAGCUAGGUCUUUCUUCUGCAGAUGUCAGGAAGCCAUUGGUAGGAUGCAUAACAAGAUUGGUGCCACAGAAAGGAGUGCAUCUAAUCAGACAUGCAAUGUAUCGAACAUUAGAGCUUGGAGGACAGUUUAUACUUUUGGGUUCAAGCCCUGUGCCACAUAUUCAGAGGGAAUUUGAGGGCAUUGCAAAUCACUUUCAGAAUCACGAUGAUAUUCGAUUGAUAUUGAAGUAUGAUGAGUCUCUUUCACAUUCCAUUUAUGGUGCAUCUGAUAUGUUUAUCAUCCCAUCCAUCUUUGAACCUUGCGGCCUUACCCAGAUGAUAGCAAUGAGAUAUGGUUCAAUACCUAUUGCAAGAAAAACUGGUGGUUUACAUGACAGUGUCUUCGAUGUUGAUGAUGACACCAUACCUAAUCAGUUUCGAAAUGGCUUUACAUUUUUGAAUCCUGAUGAACAGGGACUAAAUGGUGCUUUAGAACGUGCAUUUAAUCUCUACUUGAAUAAGCCUGAGAUUUGGAAGCAACUUGUUCAGAAAGUCAUGAUUAUGGAUUUCAGUUGGGAUGCUUCAGCUGCGCAGUAUGAGGAACUCUAUGCCAACUCUGUGGCCAGAGCAAGGGCAGCAAAUCGCACUUAAUUUAGCUUCUUUGAAAUGCAUUUCAUUGCCUCUUGCCAAAGCAGACAUAUCCACACAAACCUGUCUUUUCAAUCACACAAUCCUGUCGGAUCCUAUGACAAUGUUGGUGCUGAGACAGACUUGGUUCAUAUAUAAAAUGUUGCUCAUAAUUGAAAUAAUCGGUUAUCAAGCAAACCAAGAGCAGCUCUGGAGAUUAAAAAGUUUUGAGGCUUGAAGCUGCAUAGGUGGUCAUUCAAUGUGGCCUGACCAAAUUUUCAUUUGUUAAAUUCAUAUAUUCAUUCGUUUAUACAUAUAAAAUUGCCAUA